AUGAGCUGUCACAUAUGCCAUUCUACUCACUCCCGCUCGCCAUUCCUUUGCUCAACAUGCGCCCGCAAUCGGCUUUAUCAGCUUCGCCUCGAACAUACACAGAUCCUCCUUGAAAAAGAAUCCUUGGGCCGUCAGAUCGAGCUAGCUGUUGCUUCAAAUGGUCCCCAUACUCAACAUUCCCAGGUUGAGGAAACACCUUCGCAGGGUGCUGGUGAUAGCUCUCGGUUCUGGGAGCUUCAGACCAUAUCCAACAAAGAGGCUUGCGCAACUAUCCGAGUCGAGGCGGUGUCGCAGCAUCUUACAAAAUUGAAGGAUGAGAUCGAGGCAAAGAAAAUCGAUAUAGCAAAACGCAAGGAACGACUUGCUCGUAGGCGUUCUGAUGCGGAGUCGGCCCAGUAUCAACUUGGAGAGCGGGAGGGUACAAUCUUGACAGGGAUACAGAAUACAGCGAAGCGGACUGAGCAUCUCUGGCAUAAUUUACAUAUCAAAACUGCAGAAUCCCGGAUCUAUCUCUGUCGUGAAGCUGCCCACCUUUAUGGCUUGCGUCCGAAGACAGCGAGGAGGGGCGAUACUCGUCCGACUUAUGUCCUAGGUGGGUUGCAGAUCUUGGAUUUGCGAGAUAUGAAUGGCUCCACACCAGCUCACAUUUCCACAUCUCUUUCCAAUAUUGCCCGUCUCCUUGUUCUCGUUUCACAUUACCUUUCACUGAGAUUGCCCGCGGAAAUCGCACUACCUAAUCAGACCAAUCCUAAUCCGACCAUUUACAUGCCCGCCGCAUCAUAUAAUACUGGUCAACCCACUGGUGCCGGUUUAAGUUCUACCCCGGCAGCACCACGAUCAGCACAUUCACAGCCUCGUCCGCGGCCACUCUUUAUUGAUAAAACCCUUCCACGGCUAGCCAAAGAAGACCCGGCAACAUAUGGUCUUUUCCUUGAAGGAGCGACUCUCCUUGCAUGGGACGUCGCUUGGUUGUGUCGGACUCAAGGGUUAAAUGUGACAUCGGAAUCAUGGGAAGAAGUCUGCGAUAUUGGAAACAGCAUGUGGCAGCUACUGGGUGCUUCACCAGCUCAACCAUCUACUUUGAUGCGGGCCUUCGCUGGUCGAGACACCCAAGCGAAGAUAAAACCCGCAAAGGAUACUCCCCAAACCACAAUCCAUCGCACAAAGUCUUUCCCUAUGAUUGGACACUACUCACAUGGUACUGUUCAUUCCUUUCUAGGCGCUUCUGAAGGGUCCGAAUUCAUGCGGACAUGGAAGUUGCCCACUCCAACCAAGAUCACAGAUAAGCUGAAAUCCAAUCUUCUUGGUGAGAUGGCCAGUGCAGAAUGGGAAUUACUUGAAGAGCAGGAGUGGGACGAUGAAGCCUUGCAAGCCAAUAAUCCUGCUCCAUCUCAAGAGGCCAAAUCCUCAUCAGGUACUGGGUUAUCUGGAACCAACGGGAAGACCAGUGAUCAAACAUCUGAUCCACGUCCCAAAAGAACCAGUGGCUGGACUAAGCUCCAUAGUAGAUAG